AUGUCCGGCUUUCUGAAUGUCAUUGUCCGCGGUUGUGGUCUCCUAUGGACCCUACUCAUCACUGCCCUUAUUGGUAACGUCAUUGCCAGUAAUGUGAACGGACCGAUGGCCACCAUCAAUUUCACCAUGUUUGUCGCCGCCCUCUCGUGGGUCGCACUCUUGUAUGGCAUUGCUUCGGCCAUCAUCUCGAGCUUGAGCGUCGCCAUUGUUCUCCUCGCCCUUGAUGGCCUGGCUGUUCUCUUCACCUUUAUCGAUGGCAUUGUCCUCGCUGCCAAGCUUCGGGCACCAAAUUGUGGCAACCUCAGACACGCCGACCUUCCAGACAACUGGAUCGGCUUUGGUUCCGGAGACACUGAGAAGCGGUGCCGAGAGAUCCAGGCCAGCACUGCAUUCAUGUGGUUUCUCUGGGCUUGCUUCUGCGUUGCGCUCUUCUUCACUGUCAAGGAAGCUCGCGGCGGAUUCGGUGGAUCGAUGCGCUCUGGUAGGCCUAACAUGUCCCAGGUCUAA